AUGGAGCGUUUAUUAAGAUUUGGCGCAGACGGGCUUGCCUUUGGUCAGCCUGCUUCCCAGCCAACUGAUGGACCUGUUCCCGAUACUGCUGAGCAGGUCUAUAUAAGCUCACUUGCUCUGCUGAAGAUGCUCAAACAUGGUCGCGCCGGCGUCCCAAUGGAAGUAAUGGGCUUGAUGCUUGGGGAAUUCGUUGAUGACUACACAGUCACCGUCGUAGACGUGUUUGCCAUGCCACAAUCUGGUACCGGAGUUAGUGUUGAAGCUGUUGAUCCAGUCUUUCAGGCGAAAAUGAUCGAUAUGCUCAAGCAGACUGGGAGGCCUGAAAUGGUGGUCGGGUGGUACCAUUCUCAUCCUGGUUUCGGGUGUUGGCUUUCUGGUGUUGAUAUGAACACGCAACAGAGUUUUGAGGCUCUCUCCGAUCGCGCUGUUGCUGUGGUCGUAGAUCCGAUUCAAAGUGUCAAAGGAAAGGUUGUAAUUGAUGCCUUCAGACUAAUCAAUCCGAAUAUGGUUAUUGCCAACCAAGAACCCAGGCAAACGACUUCAAAUCUUGGACAUCUUAACAAGCCAUCAAUUCAGGCCCUUAUCCAUGGUCUAAAUCGUCACUACUACUCACUCCCUAUUAAUUACAGGAAGAAUAAAAGGGAACAAACGAUGCUAAUGAAUUUAGACAAGCGCACUUGGCAAGAGGGUUUAACUCUAGAGGACUACUCAACUCAUUGCAAUGCUAACCAUAAGACUCUCCUGCAGGUGCUUGAUCUCGUGAAAACUUACAACAAAUCCCUUGAAGACGAGGAAAAGAUGACUCCAGAACAGCUGGCUAUCAAAAAUGUUGGAAAAAUGGAUCCUAAACGGCAUCUUGAAGAGAACGUGGACGAACUUGUUGCCAGCGUUAUUAUGAAAAGACAAUUAACGGAAGCGGAGCGUCAACGGAUUGAAAAAAAUAGACAAGAAGCUCUCAUACGUCGGCAACGUGCCAUGGAAUUUCAAAAAAAGAAUGCGAAUGUGCGCUCGCAAGCGAGCAGUGGGGGUACAGAUCAAAUUCAAGGGAAUGUAUUGGUAGCAGCAGAUCGCGGGCGGUUGGAACGGAAUCGGCAGGAUGCCCUUAAUCGUCGACAGUUCUCAUCUAGCGUUUUGGGGACCAAUCGAGGUUUGUCUCAACAGGCAAGUGUUGCCAUCUCCAACCGGUGUCAAAAGAAUGUGCAAAGGACUACGUCAGCCUCUUCGGGCCUCCUCUCUCAAAUCCUGCGAGGUAGUGCGCCUAAAACCACCAACGUCAAUACUAACCCCGUGGUACAAAAGCGACCUGAAUCCACACUCUCAGCACCUUCAGCGAUCGAAGGCAAUGGCGUACGACUAUCGAAGAUGCCUCUGCUCAGGGGAAAGUCAAAAGUUCGUGCUGUUUGCGUUCUCGUCAGUAGGGAGGAGUUUGAGGUGCAGACAAGGUACCACGCAGGCCUCGUUUUGGUUUUCAAAAGCAUGCCAACUCGUAUUUACGUGCGUAAGGCCUCCACUAUCGACGAUGUCCAACUUGAAGGUCUCUCUAGUGCAGUUGUAACGACAUUCAAAGAAAAGAUUGAUUCAGAAGGAUCAACUCCGGUACAAAAGGAAAUAUGUCUGGAAGAUUGGAUACCUCGACAUCUCAUUGAUUCUCUGAUGGACUUUCAAAGAGAGGGCGUGAAAUUUGCUUUGAGGCACGAGGGUCGCGUCCUCCUCGCCGACGACAUGGGCUUGGGGAAGACAGUGCAGGCACUUGCUAUAGCCGCGGCCUAUCGAUCUGAAUGGCCCCUUCUUGUCGUGACGCCCUUGUCACUGCGUUGCGCUUGGCGCGAAGCUGCUUUGCGCUGGCUUGGUUCCUCUCCACUCAGUCUCUCUCGUGACAAUAUUCAUGUCGUCGCCUCACUUAAUGAUGCCCUUGACUCCAUGGGCUGUCAACAACAGCGUAAACCGGUAACCAUCGUUACCUAUGAUCUACUCUCUCGCUACGCCGAGAAGUUGGGUCGAACGGUUUCGUCGUUCAAGGUAGUCAUCAUGGACGAAUCGCACAACCUGAAGAACAUCAAGACAUCUCGCACCAAAUCGGCACUCCCAAUACUUCAGGCUGCCAAACGGGCUAUUCUGCUGACGGGCACACCUGCCCUCUCUCGCCCCUUGGAGCUUUACCCGCAAAUUACUGGCAUCCGACCCAACUUCUUUUGUGGUGGCUUUCACGAAUUUGGUCUCCGUUACUGUGGUGCUAAGGAAAAGGUCUGGGGUUGGGACUACUCGGGUUGUUCUAACCUGCGAGAACUCCAAAUCCUUCUCCGGGAAACCAUCAUGAUACGCCGUGUGAAAAGCGAAGUCUUGGGCCAAUUGCCUCCCAAGUUACGCCAAGUCAUGAUCCUUGACCCAGAUCUGGUAAAUGAGUCUCCAGGUGGGAAGAGUAAGCACCUGGAAAAUUUGGCCUCACUGGAUUUGCAUGGGAUAGAAAAGCACGGGGAAAUGUUACGCCUUUUCAUGCAGACCUGCCAAGCCAAGAUUCCGGCCGUGUGCCAGUACAUUACAGACUUGCUUGAGGAGGAUAGAAAAUUCAUUCUCUAUGCACACCAUCAGGAGAUGCUUGACGCCAUGUCUCGAUCAAUAGAGUCAAAGCAAGUUGAGUACAUACGCAUCGAUGGCAAGACGCCGCCUGAGCAGCGUCGUGCUCUCUGCGAUCGCUUUCAAAACGAAUCUGACUGUCGAGUGGCCCUCCUCUCAAUCACAGCAGCGAGCACCGGUUUAAAUUUGACCGCUGCAAAUCUGGUGGUAUUUGCAGAGCUCUUUUGGAACCCAGGAGUACUGGUCCAGGCUGAGGAUCGAGCGCAUCGUAUUGGACAGCAGGACUCCGUGAACAUCCACUACCUCUUAGCCAGUGGUACCGUUGACGACCAGCUCUGGUCUCUUGUGAAGAAUAAGUUGGAUGUUUUGGGUCAGGUGGGAUUGAAUCAGGAAUCCUUUGACAAUGUUGAUCUCAGUCGGGCUAAGCUUUUAUCGAAGCAGCCCACAGCGUCCAAUAUGGCUCCGAAAAUUGACCACUUUUUUACCCCUGCGAACGACUCAACGACAACCUCAGAGUCGAUGAAUGAGAAUUUGCAGCCAGCUGCAACACCCCAGGAGGAUGAAAUGGCUUGUAAGGAGGAAUCAUCAAGUACUCGCAAGAAACCCCGUAUUUCAAUUCUAUUUCCGCCUGUUUCAUCACCAAUCUCCAGCGCUGAUGAAGGGGCUGGCAGGGGAAGUGUUCGUAAGAUUCUUGUUCCAGAUUCACCUCCUCCACCCUUGGAAAACACGGAGUCCCUUGAAGAUGACGCGGAUGAACUUCUAGGUGAUGUCCUAGAAGCGGCUGUCUUAAACGAUUCCUUAGAGUCGUGA